AUGUCGGUGCUCAUCCCGCCGCCCGGCAGCACCGACGCCUGCCUCAGCAUCGUCCACCGCCUGAUGUGCCACCGGCGGGGCGGCGAGAACGAGGGCUUCGCCAAGAGAGCCAUCGAGAGUCUGGUGAAGAAGCUGAAGGAGAAGAAGGACGAGCUGGACUCGCUCAUCAUGGCCGUCACCUCCAGCGGAGCUCAGCCCAGCAAGUGUGUCACCAUCCAGAGGACGCUGGACGGACGGCUGCAGGUAGCAGGGAGGAAAGGGUUCCCUCAUGUGAUCUACGCCCGUCUGUGGCGCUGGCCCGACCUCCACAAGAACCAACUCACACACGUCAACUUCUGCCAGUUUGGGUUCGACCUGAAGUACGACAGCGUGUGUGUGAACCCCUACCACUAUGAGAGGGUGGCCCCCCCCUCCACUUCCCUCACAGGUCCUCAGUCUUUAAUAAAGGAGGAGUUCAUGCCGGAGCCGCCCCCCCACUCUGACCCGUACGCCCACCCCAUCUAUCCCAGCAUGCCUCUGUCUCCUCCAGGUGAGUCAGGAGGCUGCAGUCGGGCCAGGACUGUUGGUGGGGGAGUCAGCAGUGAGGGCCCAGGCCUCCUCCAGAUCGCCCCGCCUCAGAAUCACAGAGGCCAGGCAUCCCCACCCAACCCAAACCCCCCUCACACCGCAGAGCCUCCUCACCCUUCCACCCCGACGCCCCCACACCAACAGAUCCCUGAGUACAGCAGCCCCCCCAAACCUGUCACCUGGGCAGGUAACGGCCCCUCCCCCUACAGCCCAGCCGGACGUCAGCAGAAUGGGCGGAGCCACCAGCAGCCUCCAUUACAUCAUCACCACGCGCCCAACACUCACUUCUGGUCACAGCAUCACAGUACUGCUCCAUACCCACAACCAGUGUUCAACCACCCAGGUCCAGAGUUCUGGUGCUCCAUCUCGUACUUUGAGUUGGACGUUCAGGUGGGUGAGAUGUUUAAGGUCCAGUCCAGCUGUCCUCUGGUGACGGUGGACGGUUACGUGGACCCUUCAGGAGGAGAUCGUUUCUGUCUGGGACAGCUGAGCAACGUCCACCGUACCGCCGCCAGCCACCGCGCCAGGCUGCACAUCGGGAGGGGGGUUACGCUGGAGUGUCAGGGGGAGGGGGACGUCUGGAUGCGUUGCCUUAGCAACCACUCUGUGUUCAUCCAGAGUUUCUACCUGGAUCGCGAGGCUGGCCGAGCGCCGGGAGACGGAGUCCAUAAGAUCUACCCUGGAGCUUAUAUCAAGGUGUUUGACCUGAGGCAGUGUCACAGACAGAUGCAGCAGCAGGCAGCUGCAGUCGUCGGUGCGAUUCCCAGUAGUGUGGGGGGGGUCACCCCCGCUGUCAUACCUGUCUGUCUCCCCCCCCCCCCCCGCUCAGGUGCAGCAGGUGUGGGCGUGGACGACCUGCGCAGGUUGUGUAUCGUGCGUCUGAGCUUCGUUAAAGGCUGGGGGUGUGACUACCCGCGGCGGAGCAUCAAGGACACCCCCUGCUGGCUGGAGGUCCACCUGCACCGAGCGCUGCAGCUGCUCGACCAGGUGCUGCACGCGCUGCCGCCGCGGGAACACAUGCUGUGA